CGUGUUUCAACUUUCACCCCGGUCCAAACUUUACCAGCUGAAAUUUUGGCGACAAUCAAAGUAUUACAUCAACUGUUUUCCCCAUAAGUAAAGCAGCUCACAAUUGUUUGCCUCAAGACUAAGGAUGGCCGCCACACCUUCUGCUACUCUCCCCUCUACAUUUCUUCCUUGUCCAGGCUUUCGUGAGUCAUGUCGAAUCUUAAAUUGGAGAACCCACAAGAAACAGUUGGUGAGAAAAGCUGGUGCUGUUAAAGUUAGAGCUACAUUUGAGCUGGAACCUCCACCUUAUCCCAUGAAUGCUCUGGAGCCUCAUAUGAGCCGCACUACAUUUGAAUACCACUGGGGGAAGCAUCACAGGGCUUAUGUCGACAACCUAAACAAGCAAAUAGUCGGAACAGAACUGGACGACUUGACGCUAGAGGACAUAAUACUUGUUACGUAUAACAGAGGCGAUCUCCUUCCACCAUUCAACAACGCUGCACAGGCUUGGAAUCAUCAAUUCUUCUGGGAGUCUAUGAAGCCUGGUGGAGGAGGAAAGCCAUCUGGUGAACUAUUAGAAUUAAUCAACAGAGAUUUCGGCUCCUUUGAAGCAUUUGUUAAAGAAUUUAAGACGGCUGCAGCAACACAAUUUGGUUCUGGAUGGGCUUGGCUUGCAUACAAAGCAAAUAGACUUGAUGUAGGAAACGCGUCAAAUCCCCAUCCUUCCGAUGAGGACAAAAAGCUUGUAAUUGUGAAAACACCUAAUGCUGUAAACCCCCUCGUUUGGGAUUACUCGCCACUCCUCACUAUAGAUGUUUGGGAGCAUGCUUACCAUCUUGACUUUCGGAGUCGGCGCGCUGAGUACAUAUCAAUCUUUAUGGAGAAGCUUGUAUCAUGGGAAGCAGUGAGUUCUAGGCUUGAAGCAGCUAAAGCUCAAGCUGCCGAGCGGGAAAAAGAAGAAGAGAGGAAGAGGAGAGAGGAGGAAGAGGAAUAUCAAGCCGGUGAUGAAGUUAGAGAGAUGUAUGUGGAAAGUACAGAUUCUGAGGCGGAAUAAUUUGUGUUAUCCCUCUCAAGUUUUCAGUUUUGGAAAUUGUAUCAACUCGAAUUUUGGAAGCAGAAGAUAGAUGGCUAGUAUUUCAGUUCUUAAAGUGCUAUAUAUGUAAGGAAUGUAAUAGCAAGAUAAAAUGAGGUUUGGAUGUUGGAAGUAGGAACUAUAAUGUGAGAAGUACAUGUAUAGCGGAAUCUGUCUGAUUUUGAUUCCUUAUAGUUGCUCA